AUGUAUAACAUAUUUCCUCUCGUUCGCGGUGCCCUGCUUGGCACUGUUGGCGCAUGGACAUUUAUUGUGCUGGGCAUAGCGAUUCACUUUCAAAUGUCCUUUGUAGACUCUGCUCCUCAACUGACAUACGUUUCCCUUUCCGUCUUUGUUGCUGCGGUCACUCUUGCUACAUUCCUCGUUGUAGCAAUUGCUCCCUUUGCCCUGAAAGGCCGUUGGGCCGGCGCCGGAUCUGGAUGGCUUGGCCACGACUCGAAGCGAUUCUGGUUGCCUCCAAAGCCCCACCGCCUUCUUUAUUGGUUGCGCCGUGUAAUCGCAAAGUCUCGAAUAUCCUCCGAACAAAGUGGGAACUCGCAUGGCUCGGCGUGCUUGCUCUUCUUUGGACGUCAUUGGCUGGAUACGACGACACCCGCUGCCAAGGACAACGAGGUUGAGUGCUGGGAGGAAGACGAAGAAGGCGUUGUGGUCGACUCGAAUGUCGAAGGCUAUUCCAAUUCGGUCUACCAUGCACGCUACCGAGUCCUCCAAGCCUUUGCAUUCUUCAACUGCAUCCUUCGUGAUCUGUUUCCUCUUUUUGUUCAUUCUCGCUCUCGCAUUCUGGCAUCACAAACGUGGCCGGUAUGUCAUCUGGACGACCCGACGACCUCGGUUGGUUGGUUCGAUGGCCCAACGCGCCGUGGACACCUUCCCCCACCCAUUUCUCACCGCAACUCGCACAAGGACAAGAAGCGAUCGUACGAAAAGUGGGAUGACGAAAAGGAAAAGGGAUCCGGACACAAGAAGGCGUUCAAGUUUGACGCAGCAAGUAUCUCUGAACGUGUCAGAGACACUGUCAAGGACAAGAUGCCGAGCAAGGACAGGAGGAGAGCCAAGGAUACGAGCGAUAUCGACGAAUUUGGCGAGAGGAAGGACCUGAUUGCCAAGCCACCUCCAGUUGCACGCGCAAACACGACGCCGCUCAAACCCAGACAGUACAUGGUGAGCACGUCAGGCGAGACGAAAGCCAAGCCACCGUUGGCACCGAUCGCGGCCAAGAUGACGGAACGCAAAGAGGAAAGGGGCAACACCGAACCAAAGCGUCAGCCCUCUCAACGCGAAAGAGCGGAAAUAGCUCGUCAACAGGCCCGAAGGGAGCGAAACACAACAGACGAUGAACGACCAUCGCGACCAGCCGUCCGCCAGAACAGCUCGCGUGGACAGAGGAGUGGAUCAGCUCAGCCUGCGACUAGAGUGCGCAGAGAGACGAGUACGACACGUGCUCCAGAUGUUCGUAGACAACCUUCGCAAACGCGGGCGACGCCCGAUUUGACGCGUUCUGGAUCUGGAGCUGACCGAGGACGCUCGAGUGCACAAGGACAAGGGCGUGCACAGAGGAGCGAGAGCAAUACUCGCCGAACGACAGACGACGAGCGGUAUCAGUCUCGGAAUCCGUACCGGCCAGCGAAUGGGCGGAGAGUGUAA